AUGAUUUUUUUAUGCCCGGAGUACCGGGAAAUAAUUAUUGUCGUAAUUAUGAAGGUAAUUUUGUCAAGCUCAUCACAAUCGCAAUCCUGCUCGCUGGAUUACCGACCACUUGUAUUAAGCCUUAAUAACGAGUAUCAAACAUCCGGUAUUUUGUUUACGUCAUCGAAAAAUUAUUUAUCAGUAAUAAACUACAAUGAAUUAACAACCGAAAUUGAAUAUUAUGAAUCAAAAAUAUCACGUCCGCUGUUAGUAUUUGUCAUCAAUGAAGAACAGGAUUUAAUAAUACUCGAAACACUGUCAAAAACAAUAGAUAUGAAUUACCCAGUCUGGCUGAUUAUAUUUACUGGGUCAUCGAAAAAUAAUUCAAUGUGUGAUUACUGUCUCAACACGAGCGUCAAUGAACUAUCAUUGAGCUUCCGAACAGAGAUGAUCGUGUGGUGUUGCUGCGAUCCAAAUUAUCUUCACGAAUGGUGGUCGAUUGACGGAAAUAAUUUUCAAAAAAGUUACUUUGGUAAUUGGUCAUAUGAAACAGGAGUACAGGGCGUCGAUAGAAACUCGCUGUUUGCGAUCCGUAGUGCUGUUAAUGCGCCCCUUCGAAUUGCAUAUGUUACGAAUUCAGUAUUUUUCAAGUACAAAAAUGGAAAAAUGAGUGCAUUUAUGGGUGAUAUACUCAGCGAAUUGACAAAGACAUUAAACAUCACGCCGUUGAUGAAGAGUGAAAGUAUUUUUGGGAUCUAUAAUGAAGAUGAAAAAACAUGGACAGGUAUGGUGGGAAGUGUUUGGCGUCGUGAUGUUGAUAUGGGUGUUGGUGAAGUAACAAUGACAGUUGAAAGACGUGAAAUAUUAGACUUUACAUUACCAUUGAUUUUAUCACCCUGUCGUUUAUACUUCAGAGAACCAAAUAGCACCUUACAGUGGUCUGCUUAUUUUGAGGCAUUUAGCAGUGAUAUUUGGAUGAUAAUGAUUUCGAUGAUUGUCCUGAUUCCCGCUCUAAUAACUUUGAUCAAAAUACACCAAAGUAAAAAAAUGAUUUCUCAUAUCAUUACCGAGAAUUAUCUCAAUGUUUGGGGUAUCUUUUGUCAACAAGGAUUGUCUGAAUUUCCGGCGAGAACAUCACUGAGGAUAGUGUAUUUUGCGAUGCUUGUAUCAGCGUUUAUACUAUCAGCUGCAUAUUCAGCCGCACUUAUAAGCUUUCUAGCGGUGUCUGAAGAUAAACUGCCUUUUUCUUCUUUGGACGAAUUUGUAUGUAUAGAAAAGGCAGCAUUCUAUGCAAGUGAUGCUAUGAGAAUGUCAAUGAAUAAUACUUUUCCAUGUGAUAUAACGUACAUUGAAACAGGAAGAUACGAUAGUCUUGCCAUGGUACUACCUCAUAAAAGUCCUUACACCGGAAUAUUUAAUCAUCAAAUUCAUAAAUUCCGAGAUAGAGGAAUACUGAACAAAUUCAUUCAGAAACAUUUCAACAAGAAGGAGACUAAAAUUAACACGUAUACCGCAGUAACGAUACGAGGUGUUGCGCCUAUACUUGUUGUUUUUACAGGUGGAAUAACUUUUGCAAUCAUUUUACUUGUUAUUGAAAAAGUUAUUUUUUUUUACGCUCGUUACACGGCGACAAUGCGAUCUGGUAGUGUAACGCCGAUUAAUGUUCAACACUUUCAACAUUCUUUCUCUUUCAAGGUAAAAGGACAUAACAAUUUUAUCAAUGGUACUACUAAGGUCAAUAAUGAUAAUGAUAAAUUUUUAUUUCCUCUAAAAAAUUAUUAUCCGUAA